CGGAACUCAAGUUGACUUUGAGUGUUUGUUUCCACCCGAACAAAUAUUCGCGUUUAUCUAAACAUAGCGGAGAUGGCAGCCCUCCGAACGGCACUCCAUGGACGACUUGUCCAGGCCCUCCCCUUCUCCUUUGGCUCGCUGCGGUUUGCUAGCUCCUUUAAGUUUAAUUUAAUUUACCUUUAAUUCACUGUGUCUAAUUGAGCAGAUAAGUCAGCUAACUGACUGACUCUUCAUAACGCUCAACUAAUUUGUCUUUUUAAAGCAUGCAUUGGCAAUAACGUUGAUUUAAAAACAAUCACUGUAUUCGUCGCCUGCUCUGCUCUUGUGCCGUCGACUUCUUUUUCUUCGCCCGCCUCCGGCCUGCUUGUCCUUCUCCGCCUCAGGCAGCAGAUCUCGUCAUUGAACGCAACACAGCAUGCAAGCCGAAGCCCGACCCCUCCACCUUGGUGUUCGGCAAACAGUUCUCCGACCACAUGUUGACCAUCAACUGGUCGGAGAAGGGCGGCUGGGAGGCUCCACAGAUCAAACCUUUCCAGAACCUGUCGCUCCACCCGGCCAGCUCCGCCCUGCACUACUCCAUAGAGCUGUUUGAAGGCAUGAAGGCGUUCCGUGGCGUUGACAACCACGUCCGUCUGUUCCGACCAAUGCUGAACAUGGAGAGGAUGCAUCGGAGCGCUGACAGAAGCUGCCUUCCUCUGUUCAAUAAAGAUGAACUGCUGGAGUGCAUCAGGAAGCUGGUGGAGGUGGACCACGAGUGGGUUCCCGCCGCCCAGGACACCAGCCUCUACAUCAGACCCACCUUCAUAGGAAUAGAGCCGUCCCUCGGCGUGUCUCGGGCAGGACACGCUAUGAUCUUUGUCAUCAUCGGCCCAGUGGGGCCCUACUUCGCAACAGGGUCCUUCAACCCUGUCUCUCUGCUGGCGGACCCUUCAUUUGUCAGGGCUUGGAAAGGAGGCGUCGGAGCCUAUAAGAUGGGAGGUAACUACGGCCCUACAAUAGCGGUGCAGAACGAGGCGGUGAAGCGGGGGUGCCAGCAGGUCCUGUGGCUGUAUGGGGAGCAGGAGGAGAUCACCGAGGUCGGCACCAUGAACCUCUUCAUCUACUGGACCAAUGACAAAGGAGAGAGAGAGUUGUUUACCCCUCCUCUGGAUGGCAUGAUUCUCCCAGGAGUCACCAGACAAUCUCUGCUGGACCUGGCCAGAACCUGGGGUGAGUUUAAGGUGGCCGAGCGCACGAUGGGCAUGAAGGAGCUGCUGGGGGCUCUGGAUGCCGGGAGGGUCCUGGAGGUGUUUGGAGCAGGGACGGCCUGCGUCGUGUGUCCUGUCGGCAGCCUCCUCUACAGAGGAAAGAAGUACCAGAUCCCGACUAUGCAGAACGGUCCGGACCUGGCAAAGAGGUUCCACAAAGAGCUUACUGAUAUUCAGUACGGACGCAAACCAAGCGAGUGGGCGCCGCUGGUCAUUUAGGCGGCCGCGUUGCACAUGCCAGUUGUAUCAACACGUAGUCCCAUGAUUCCAGUUUGGAAGACCAGCAGCUCCCCCCCACACUCCCCCCCCCCCAACCCUCACACACUCUCGACCCAUUAAGGCACUCCUGCUCACUUACAAACCGAGGAGACGGACGCCUCUUUCUAACAACAAUAUGCAAUAUUUUGGACUGGACACAACUCUUACCCUUGAGGUAUGUACGGCAAAGCGGGAAAACGGCUCUCAUGAGACGGAGAUACACAACCACAUGAUAAAACCGCACGCAGAGAUGUGAUGUGGCUGCUGGUGAUAUAUACUGUACGUUAGACUAACACGAGCACAUUUAAAUCUCAAAUCUAAUUCAGUGUCCAUUAAGAAGCCACGUCAUUCAAGUGUUUGUCCUUGUACUCACUUGGACUAGUUCCCUGUGAGGAGGGCAUUGCUUAUAGUUAGCACAACUUCAUUUCCAUCACAUUAACAAUUAAAAGGCACAAACUGACAUAUUUCCGUCAUCGAAUGUGAUAUUUGCAAUAUUAAAGCAGCUACAUAUUCAGUGUGUAGGGCAGUUAACCUCUUGGCAGCACGUAAUCUGUGUGUGCCGUUUCGCAUCAACGAUUGUAUUAAAAUGUAUUUCACAACAGGAACAACGUAUAUAUAUUAACAAUAACCUGUACUACUUGCGACAACCUGUGGCGUUUUCUCCCAACUGUUAGGUGUGACCUGUUAGGGAUAAUGUUUUGUUACUGUUGUGUACAUAAUAAUCGGAGAGAGUAUUCGCUGUUAGAUGUCCAUGGGGCCACGUCACUUCGACACCAGAGUUUGCACUGACUAUUAUGUAAUGUCAGGUUUUGUAUCUUUGAGUGGGACUCCGCGUUUUAGGGAGGAAUCAUGAGCGGGUUUUAUUUUGUCGGUGUAGUUCGCGGAGAAGACGACUCGCACAAAAAAACUAAAGAUUGAGAUUAAGACGGUCUGAUGCUAGGACGACACGCUGUAGAAGAGAAGGACUGCUACAUGCUGCACUAGUUACUCCUGCACUAGUUUGGGUGGAAUCAUUCUAACAAACAAUGUAAUGUAGUAGUGUUGUUAUUUUGGAGGGUUUUUAAAUUAUAUUUGUCCUUGUUUUGAUGUGAAAUUAGGCUGUCUUCCAAAAGUACUUGACUCGUCAGUGUUUUACUGCAUACUGUACCCCUGUCCCUCUCCUCUGUCUAAGUGCCUGACCUCUGUCUGUUAGCUUGUUCUGUGGAUCUUCAGCUGCUGCUUCUUUUUUUCCAGUUUGUGCACUAGGCGAUGUAGCUGGGUUCUUUUGUCGAUUUAGUUCUUUUUAUAUGUUAUGCUGUUACUUUUACUCGGCUGUAAUGUUUUUACAAUAAACCUGAUCUGAGUUCAGUC